ACUUUGUCUGUUGAACUCAUUUCCGUCAAAACAUACGUAUAACUCGAGGAUACCCCUCAUGUUUCGCAACCACAUGCGUGUGUGUAGCAGCCUCGUUGUCACUUAAAGAUCACGGCUACCCACUAACAGGAUGAAAGCUAUGAGCAGUGGCCGCUGCUAGCAUAGCAAAGAAUAUAUUCCCUAGGACCCUCACCAGCCUCCCAUCGUUUCCUAACCAUGCCCAUCUUCCAGGCUACCUUUGGUUCCUUUGGGGAUAUUGUGACCAUCGUACAACUGGCUUUGUCAAUAAAGCAAGCGUUGGACGAUAGUCGAGGUUCAGCUGCUGAGUUUCAGGCACUGUCAUCGUAUCUGGAAACCUUCACUCAGCAUCUAGACUGCACGCGGAAACCUCUUCUCGCUGCUCAAUUACCUGAUACUACAGUGUCUGGCAUACCUAUCGCGCCUAUCGAAGCUGCUCUUCGUGCAUGCGAGAGGCACUUGACCGAGUUCCAGAGACGGAUGCGUAAAUACAUUCCAAGCCUGCGACCUGGAGGCUCUGGCUCGCGAGUUGUCGAUGGAUAUAGAAAGCUUCAAUGGGCAAUAUAUGGAAGGCCGUUCGCGAAAGAGCUUCGUCAGUCCCUUAUGGAAGAGUCGAUCCUAAUCAAUGACAUAUAUACCGCAUUACAACUCGAAGAAUCUCUAUGAUGCAACCUUAUAGCGCAGUCGGUAUGUUGACAAAGGCUCCUCAUGCAGUUCGAGCGCAGGGACACAUUGUUCUUGUCGACUUGAUUGAUGAAGUCAGGCAGAUACCAAUCGAAGUGUGUAGCAGUAAAGCGGUAUUUCACGGAUUUCUGGCGUUCUACUACAGCAAACGGGUGGGGGAGAACCUUCGUUCAUACCAAACGAUAUACCCUUCUGUCCGACACAGGCUCUGUCAUCGACGACUUUACGUGGAACUCGAUGGUGCGGCCCGGAUCCACUCUCAGCAUGAGUGCGCUUGUGCUUGUUGAACAAUCAUCUAUGAGACUCUGUCCGCGCUGCAAAUUUGAAAAUGUGUUUUCAGAUGAUGAACUGGAGAACCGUGAUCUUAAAUGUCGACGUUGUCAAUGCACUCUGCAGUUGAUCAUCUUAGAGGCCGGGCGUAAGCAGCCAGCUCCCGCACCCGUGUCGCAGGUCAACAUCUUUCGGCAUGCGAGACCGUGUCACGUUUACGAAGAUGAAAUACAAUUGAUUACGCGCAUUUCGAUGGUCUUCAGACCUCCAAGGAACAAUGCCUUGUGCAUCGGGAUUGAGGCCACGGAAAUUUUGUCCGGCUUCAUCAAGGAUGAAUUAGGGUUCGAGAACGUAGUUCUCAUGGUUGAUGAACCGGGUAUUCGUGAGAUACAGGCUCUCGUGAUAGAUAUCUCGCCAAAAGAUCUUCUUGUCUUCCAUUUCUCUGGAUGUGAUAUUCGACUUACGAAUCAUGAUAAAACAGAAGAUGGAAUAGGUGAAGUGCUUCUUCCUGUGGAUUAUAGUGAUUCCGGUGUAAGCAGUUUAUCUGACGAAAAACUUCGCUGUUUCAUGAUUGAUCCACUUCCUGCGGGUUUCAAAUUGACAGCCAUUUUCCAUACUUACAUCUCUACCUUAGAUAUUCCCUUUAUCGCGUCCUCUCCCGUUAUCGGUGAUGCGUCUGAAAGGUUAUCAACUCACUCUGAAAAAGCGACUCGAAUUACGAAGGGCGCUGAUAUGGCCGACAUGCCUGAUGAUACACCAUUGCACACGUCUUAUGAUCUCAUGGCAUCUGUCUUGUCUAUCCCUUCCACUCAGUGGAACGAUUUUGCUAACCGUCAUUGUGAGAGACAUUCAAUGACACAGAGCAUGAUGGCUCUUUUGCGAUCAAGGCCUGAAGCUACAUUUCGUGACCUUAUACACUCAAACCGGUAUUCGUACAAUUUCUGGAGAAGUGUCGAGUAUGAGACCUCUUCACUCAAUUCAGGACUCAACAGAACGAUCCAUUCUGUAAGGUGGCGGUCACGUUCGCAUCAGAUUGAUGGCGACCAGGCAUCGAAAUAUUGUACGUUCCGACACAUGCAACGAUGGUACAUCGGAGUACUGGAAGAAGUAUUCGACGGGAUGUACUAACGGGUGAUACGCAGUGAAAGAAUGCAGUGCAGGUGUUCGUCACUAUCACCAUCCAAGUGCCGCAGUCGUCUCGGUAAUCCAUCCCAGGAUAUGCUGGAAUCGAACUUCUGUCGCCUCCGAAGGACAUAUUCCGAGCUGGCUUCAUCACGAUCGCAGCAUUCAUUAUCGCUCAUCGCGAUAUCCUCGUCCUCGUUGGCGCCAAGUGCAUCACUCCAUGACGGUGCAUGAAGGUAUUUGUAUCGUCCAGACUCAUGCGUAGAACGAGUGGGGGUAGGGAACCCUCCUUUGCCAGAAUCAGUGUCAUCUUGCAUGAUGUCUGAGUUACGGGCUUCACGUUCUGAUUCGACAU